CUGCACUUAUCUAAGGCCAUUUUUCAACUUUCGAUGAUGUUCUGGACGUACCAGGAACCUACCGGAGAUAUGUCUGCAUAUGCCAUUAUUCACUAUACAGCCUUCUUAAGAAUCCAGAGACCGUCCCUUGCUUUUCAUUCAGCCCAUGGUUCAUCACCUAGACUAGCUGCCCUCAUGUGGAUUAGGAGGCUUCUGUUCUUCGAGUACGCCGUCCCCGUUUAUGCCUACAAUAGUCUUGACUUGGCUUGGCCUUGUCGGACAGCUUAUCCGUCACAACCCGGUCGCAUUUCGUCCAUCCGUUGCAAAUAUCUUCUACGGGGUUGCUAUAUACCAUUCGGAGAGUUAAUAGAACUGAAGGCAUUUGGGAAAUCUAUCGUAAAACGAGAAGGAGUUCCAGGCAACCUAACUUGGGCUCCUGACGGCCGGUCGUUACAAUUGGUGACGACAAAAAAGUCAUGCUGUUAA